AUGACCACCCCCUCCAUCCGCGACCUCAAAAAAGGCUUCCUCUCCAGCCAGCUGCGCACCCUCUCCACCCCCAUCGAGCCGCCGCGCGCCUGGCAGUCCCAGCUCCCCGAGAGCCCCGCCGGCGACCUCCCCGACGCCGUCGUCGCCCAGGCCCUCUACAAGUUCAAUGUCGUCGCGAAGCGCCACCACAGACUCGUCUACAGCGCCCAAGCACUCUCCCACGUCGCGACGCAAGUACAGGAUCUCUACCAGCAGCCGCAGCCCGCCGGCGCCGAGGACGCCGAAGAGGGUGUUCUCCGGCGGGGGGUCGAUCUACGGGAGGCUGAAAACAUCGCGCUGCUCCCCGACACCUACCCCACGCCGGCCUUGUCCGACAGCGGCGGCGACCUCGAGGCCUACCAGGAGCUGCACGCGCGGCUGACGGCGCUGGCGGCGGCCGUGCAGGCGCAGCGCGAGCGGCACGCGUAUUAUGUGCAUUUGAGGGGGCUGGUGGAGCCGUUCCGCGCGCCGAUGGAGAGCGUGCAGCCGAAUCUGGUGACGAGGGAUGGGCCGCUGGCGGCGGAGUUGGAGCGCAUGAGGAUGUUGGCGGGGAAGUUGGCGUUUGCGAUUGGGAGGGCGGGGCUGGAGGGGGGUGGGGAGGAGGGGGAGGAGGGGGAAGGGGAGGAGGGGGAGGAGGGGGAAGGGGAGGUGAUGGAGAGGUUGAGGGGCAUUAUGGACGUGGUGGGGGGUGGGAGGUAG